AUGAGUCAGUUUUGGUGUGUUUGUCGAAAAAGACGAAUUCAACGUCAAUUGACAAAUCCUAUUCCAGAAACACAACCGACUACAACCGGUGGUAAUCCAUUAACAACUCUUGAUCUUCUUCAAUCAGGACCAUCAACUAAUAAAAAUAAUACUAUAACUACUCUUGCACAAUCGACAGCUCCAAAACCUAGUUCAAUUGUAGCUACACCUGGCGCUGGAAAUUCAAAUUCAUUGCCUGGUCAUCAAUCUGGUCGAUCAAAAUUAAAUACUCAUCAUCUAUUAGAUCAACAACCAUUAAAUAUAUCAGACAAUUUAAAUUCAACUGGUAAUGACGGUGAUUCUAAUAUAAAUAUUUCUCCAUCAUCAGCAUUAUCACGUAAAAAAAAUUUAUCAACAUCUGAUCUUGAUCCAUUUGAACGUAAAAAACAAGCAGCAUUAGCUAAAGUUGAAGCAAAAUUAGACAAAGCACAACGUUUAUAUCAAAAAGCUCAACAAAAUGUUGAACAAGAAAUAUCAGAUUUUCUUCGUGUUACAACAAUACCAAAUACAAAUAAUGAAAUAAGUUCUUCUCGAACAACAAAUGCUACAUUUGAUAAACGUAUACGAACAUUACAAGAUACUAAAAAAGAAUUAGAAAAAAAAAUUGCUAAUUAUCAUACUGAUAUUUCACGUAUACAAGCCGGUGAAAUACCACAUAAUUAUGCAUCAUCAAAAGAUAUAUUUAGUAAUAUAAAAAGUACAGCAGCUAAAGUUGCUGGUGGCAGUUUAAAACAUCGUUCAGGAACUAAUACGGAUCAAGCAAUAACUGUUUCAACACCAAAUACAACUGAACAAACAAUACCUUUUCAUUAUCCAGAACCGGAGAGUCAUUAUCUUAAUCCAAAUUUAUCAACACCAUUAGUACAAACAUUAUCACAAUCACCGUCAACCAUAACAACAACAUUCACAAGUGGACAGAUAAAUAAUAAUCAAAAUUUAUUAUUACAAAAUCAACAUAGUAAUAUACAUGAACCUACUCAUUCAACUGUAUCAAGUUCGGUAUCAAAUGAAAUUGGAAAUUCUCAAUUUUAUAUUGAUUCAAGUCUUGAACAUAUUUAUGACAGUGAUAAAUCAAGUCGAAAACACGAUACAAACAUUCCAGCUGAUGGAUCAACAAUACAUGAUAAUGAUAAAUCACCAUUAACAACACAACGACGUUUUACUGAUGACUCACUGGUUGAAUCGAAUGAUCGAACAUCAGAUCAAUCAGUUGAUGAUCGAUGUACUAGUAGUAUAUCAAAACGAAAUAUAGCAACAAUAACAAUGGAAUAUCAACAAUUAAAUACUAAACUUGAUUCCAUGCAAAAAAUUGUUGAUCGAUAUGAAACAAAAAUAAAUGAAAUGCAAAAACAAAUUGAAUUAUUAAUAAUAGCAAAUGAUACUCAACGUGAACAAAAUGAACGUUUAAAUAAUGAAUUAACAGAUUUAACAGAUUUACAUCAAAUGGAAAUGUCAUCAAUUAAAACAGAUUUAAAAAAUUUAGAAGAACGACUUCUAUAUAAAUUUAAUGAUUAUUGGAAUGAAUUACUUGAAAAAUUAGAUAAACUUGAUACAAGAACUGCAAAAGUCGAACAAACUCAAACACAUUCACUUGAAACAGAGGAAAAUACGCAUCGAAUUAUAAGUAAACUUGUCAAUAUUGUAUUGACUGUUUUUGCUAUUAUUCUUCUAAUUUUAUCAACAAUAAAAAAUCUUGUUCAAUCACGUGUUCAUGCCAUGACUUUGUUAAUUCUGGUCAUUGUUUGGAUAACAUUUCAUUAUUUACCUCAAAAUUAUUUCCAGACAACAUUUUUAAAAAACUUUCCAAAUAUGUUCAAAAGAACAUCAUGA